ACCUCUCAACCCAAGACCAACUCAUCGAAACUACUCACAUUCGUUACAGAUACUGCCUCACGGCGGGGGAAACUUAACUUACUCUCGUGUUCUCUUCAUGCUAUACUGCCGCUGACGGCUCGACUUUGGCUCGACUUGCCAUCGGUACCUUCUUCGUGCACCUGCUUCCCGCCCGGCACGUUUGUACAGGCGUCUGAUCGCUACUGUGGGUCAUGUCUCCGACGAACCAACGACGGCGCCGUCGCGGCGGCGGAAAAAACAACGGGCCACCUCCGUACAAUCGACCACCAAUCCAUGACGGCAGGUAUGGACCCUCGCCCGGCCCGCCGACCGCGUAUCCUGGCCACGAUAUCUAUAAUCCUGGUAUUGGAGGCGCGCCGUAUGCAGCCGACUAUUCUAAUGACUAUGGUUCUCAAUCAGAGUUAUGGCGUUCCGAAGCUUCGUUCUAUCCUAGACCUCCUUCUCCGGAUCCGUAUGGCUAUCAGCCAGGUCCGUCUACAGGUGGCUGGGCGCCGCAGAGCUGGGAUCACCCUACACCUCCCCAGUGGCCUGACAGAGCUGAACCAAGUCCUCGUUUUGAUGGUGAUCCAUGGACCUAUGACCGUCCAGAUGCUAUGACCAUGGCGCAACCUAUGUUCGAGCCGAACGAUUCUUGGAAGCAGCAUCAUAUAGGUCCGCCAAAUACAUCACGGAACGAUGUGGCUCCUGAGCCGUAUUCACCAACAAGACGUCUUCCGCCCCGGUUUGCCAGGGAUCACUAUUCUCCUCCUCGACCACUGGCCAGCGAUCACUACACAGUUCCUACACCUGGCCCUCCUCCAUUUGACCAGUAUCCUUCAGGUCCCGGACUAGUUGGCCAACCACCACCAACGGAUCACUACUUCCCAGGACCAAGCCUAAAUGCGCCUCCACCUCCAGGUGAUCAUUAUCCACCCGGAACAAAUGGGCUCCCUUACCCUGGGGAUCAUUACUCUCCGGGACCUAGUAUGAGCGCACCUCCAUUUUCUGGUGAUCAUUACUCUCCCCCUGGCCUGAGCGGCCCCCCUCCCUUUUCUGGUGAUCAUUACUCACCUGGACGUAGUCUGAACGCUCCUGGAUACUCCGGAGAUCGUUAUAGGCCAGAGACACCUCCCAUAUACCCGUAUAUGAACCCUGGCACAGACAGCUACCGUCCUCGGUACGACGAUAUCCCAGAGCCCAGGGCGGCUCACCCGCCGAAUCCCCGUGUCCAUCCCAGAUGGCGACUUCCUUCUCCAGAGCGUGCACCGUCAAUACGAGGUAGGGCGUCUCCCGAAAGCCCCAACGCCACGAAGCGGGUCUGGGAACCCCGGAGGACGCCACCGCGCGAACUGAACAGCGUAGACCGUCUGUCGCCAACGCGAUGGUCACCAUCUGACCCUCGCCGAGAGCCGAGACGGAUCCCCAGCCGUGGACGGUCCCUCACUCGCAGCCCUAGCCCAAGUCGCGGCCGGAGUCCUUUGUAUAGCCCUCGCGCCAGUCGGAGCCCCGUCCGCCGGCAGACUCGUAGCCCUAGUCGCAACCGAAGCCCGCUCUACAGCCCUCGCGCCUCACGAAGUCCCAUUCGCGGUCGCACUCGCAGUCCUAUAGCUCUGAGGUCACCAGUUGGCAGAAAAAGACGUCUCAGAAGUCCGACUCUCAGCUACAGUCCCAGACGAUCGAGAUCUCGAAGCCCUCUACCACCGCGGAUCGCUCGCCGUUACAGCCGCCGUUCAUAUACUCGCAGUCCAUCGAGUUCCUAUGACAGCUAUCGAGCUAGCCGUGCUCGUCGCAGUCGUGGUCGCCGAAGGUCAGAAAGCCGCGAGUCUGUCGUUGACAGUCGGAGCAAAGCACGCAGCCGUAGCCGCG